AAAUAAUUGCGAACGAGCAAGGAAACCGCACGACCCCCUCAUAUGUGGCCUUUACCGAAAGUGAGCGUCUCAUAGGAGACGCAGCUAAAAAUCAGGCGGCCAUGAAUCCUCGGAACACGAUUUUUGACGCGAAACGAUUAAUAGGUCGUCGGAUUGAUGAUCCUGAAGUUAAAGCAGACAUGAAACAUUGGCCAUUUACUGUCAUCGACCAAGAUGAUUCGCCCAUGAUCCAAGUUGAUUAUCAAGGUGAAAAGAAAAAUUUUACACCUCAAGAGAUAUCGUCGAUGGUAUUGGUUCGAAUGAAGGAAAUCGCGGAAGGCAGGCUCGGAAAAAAAGUCAAGAAAGCGGUGAUCACGGUACCCGCUUACUUCAAUGACUCGCAGCGUCUCUCCACCAAAGAUGCCGGUAAGAUUGCUGGUCUAGAGGUUCUCAGAAUUAUAAACGAGCCCACAGCAGCCGCAAUUGCCUAUGGUUUGGACUCGAAAGAGAGCAGGGAAAAGAAUGUGCUCAUUUUUGAUCUGGGUGGUGGCACCUUUGAUGUUUCCCUACUGAACAUAUCCGGUGGCGUCUUCGCGGUCAAGGCCACUGCUGGUGACACGCAUCUUGGAGGAGAGGAUUUUGACAAUAACCUGCUCGAAUUUUUCAAGCAGGAGUUCAAGCGUAAGCACAAGCUUGACAUCUCUAAUGAUGCGCGUUCCAUACGUCGUCUCAAAACUGCAUGCGAACGCGCGAAGCGUACGUUAUCUUCACUAACCCAAACGACCGUGGAAGUUGAUUCACUUUUCGAAGGCACCGAUUUUCUGACCACAAUCACUCGCGCAAAAUUUGAGGAGUUAAAUUCCGCACUGUUCAACUCAACCUUGGAACCGGUUCGUAAAGUUUUGAAGGAUGCAAAAAUGGAAAAAAAAGAAAUUCAUGAAAUAGUUCUUGUUGGCGGGUCGACUCGUAUUCCCAAGAUUCAAUCUCUUCUCCAGGACUAUUUUGACGGAAAGGAAUUAAAUAAAUCCAUAAACCCAGAUGAAGCUGUUGCAUACGGAGCCGCGGUUCAAGCAGCAGUUCUUACUAAUCAGGCCGGUAAUGAGAAAACCCAAGACCUUUUGCUCUUGGAUGUCGUGCCACUUAGUUUAGGGGUAGAAACACAAGGAGGAGUUAUGGCAGUGGUUGUACCUCGAAACACACCAAUUCCUACGAUUAAAAAGAAAAUAUUUACAACAGCAGAAGAUGGGCAGACGAUUGUAGAAUUUCCAGUAUAUGAAGGGGAACGACCCAUGUGUCAUGAUAAUAACCUUCUGGGAUCUUUCGAGCUGUCAGGCAUUCCUCCAAUGCCACGUGGAGAGGCAGAGCUUGAAUGCACCUUUGAUAUCAAUGCGGAUGGCAUUCUUAAAGUCACGGCAAAGGAUAGAGCAACUAAUCGAAAGGCGAACAUCACGAUCUCAAACUCGGUUGGUCGACUUUCAGCUGCUGAUAUUGAUCGCAUGAUAGCGGAAUCGGACAAAUUCCGGGAAGAAGAUAAGAAGAGUCAAGAGAAAGUGGAAGCCAGGCAAGAACUCGAAAAUUAUGUUUAUCAGACGACCGUCGAAGAAAUAUAUAAAGCUUACGAAGAAAUUGACAAAGCCGGUUCCAAUUUCGAGCAAGUCAAGAAAUCGUACGAGACAGUAAUUUCUGGCGCGCACAGCGAGAGUAACUGCAAACGACUCGCUGCACAAUUUAUUCCGCGAUUUUUUGGCAAAUUUCCAGACCUGAACGAGGCAGCCAUCGACGCACUAUUUGAUCUAUGUGAAGACACAGAUUUGAAUGUGCGAUUGACUGUUAUAAAAUAUCUACCCAAUGUUGUCAAAGAAUCUGACAAGGUUGCGGUACGAAUUGCAGAUGCUUUAGUACAAUUGCUACAAAAUGAAACCUCCCAAGAGAUAGCCGCCGUGAAAAAGGCGUUAGAGCAAGUAAUUCGGUUAUCGCCUCGUGAUUCCAUUGUUGCAAUAUUUCAACAGUCAUUAAAAGGUUCCCCCGAGAAAGGUGGAGACGUUGAGGCCUGCUUUGCCAAUGAAGUGAAAAAGGCACUUCGCGAUUCCACUUUAUCAGAAUUCGAGACAUUUCUGAAAAUGCUUUUAUCACUUAAGAUGCAUCAGCCGGAAAACAAGGAAAAUCUGAAGGAAUUGAUAAACGCAUUGAUCGAUUCAAUCGCUGCCGAAGGAGAGGAGCUUGAUAAAGGAGUUAGGAGCACGCCGUUCCUCUCUUUCCUCGUGAAUAAAGUUUUGCCCAAGGACAAAUUCCGCCGAUUGCAAGAAAAGCAACAGAAAAGCAUGUUACGUUUUCUAGCGGAUUGCAUCAGUGGGAAGCACACCGAAGCGACGAUCAAGAUUGCGGCUCCAAUAAUCAAGGAGUUGUUCAUUGACGAAAUACCACCUGCCAGAGACGAUGUUGAGGUUGAGCCUAAGUUAGACUUGCCAAGGGUCGAGUACAUUGUAUUCACCUUAUAUUGUAUUGCUUCCAAGUGCAUAUCACGCAUUAAGCAAGGUCUGAAAGAUUUACAAAAUCGUGAACAAAAGGACCAGGAAACACUGGAGAAAAUCAAAAAAGCAGAGAGUGGUCAAAUAGUGACGAACAACAUAUUAAAUAUGAUAAAGGAACUGAUGAAACCCGCGAAAGCAAGACAUUUCACAAAAGUCCAACAUUCCUGGCAGUCUUUGACUCCAAGCACACCACCGACACCUGUACCACCAACAAAACGUACUGCUGAUCCCAGCUCGCCGGUUGACACUACGCAGAGUAAAAAGGUUAGAACGUCUGAGGAGCAGUCAGGCGCAAAACCCCCGCAGAAAGCCACAAUCUCCAAACCUCAAAAUAUACCAUCUCGCAAUAAUCAAAACCGCCAACCGUUUAAUAAUACUCGAGGCGGUGCCGUGAGGAGUAAUGGUGGUGGUGGAAGGAUUUCAAAGAUCAACCGAAACAGCGUAAAGAUCGAUCAACAAACCUUGUACGUGCCGCCACCUAGAAGAGCCAAAGAUAAAUAA